GAGUGGAGGCUGCUUGGUUUGGUCAUUGGUGUACUACAACUACAACAACUCCUACUCACUUCUACUCGUGCAUUUUCUUCAUCUAUUACUUCCCCACACAAACAAAUCACUCUCACUUUCUGUCCCUAAAAAACGUCAAACUCGUGUCUCAACCCAUUACUUCUACCCCAAAUUUGGAAGUACAAGUGAUGGAUCAUUCUCCCAUCACACUUCCACGCUUGCAUAAUUAUCAUGAGAUUCAUGAAAAUCAACUCCAAAAUAUUGUUUACGAUGCUCUUGUCUUUGCCACUCUCAAUGGUCUCCUUGUUGGUGAUAAAUCCGAUCAGAGAUCAGGAAGAGUAGCUGGUGUGGGAUUGGUGCAUCUCCCGUUUUCAUUAUUACCACCGCCAUUGCCUCAAACUUAUUGGAAGCAAGCUUCUGAUUUGGCGCCUUUAUUUAAUCAACUUGUUGAUCGUGUCAGUUUCGAUGGAUUUUUUCUACAACAAUCUCUCUCCAAAACUAAGAAAGCAGAUGAAUUUACCUCUAGACUUUUAGAUAUUCAUUCCAAAAUGCUUCAGAUUAACAAAAAAGAGGAUAUACGCUUGGGAUUAUUUCGUUCAGAUUACAUGCUUGAUGAAAAGACUAAAUCACUUUUGCAAGUAGAAAUGAACACUAUUUCCACUUCAUUUUCUGGAGUUGGUUGUGUUAUCACUGAACUUCACAGUUGCUCAUUUUUCAGAAACAUACUUUCUCACUAUGGAAAAUUGCUUGGACUAGAUUCUCAAAGGGUUCCUGUCAAUAAUGCCACCACUCAGUAUGCGGAGGCCUUGGCUAAAGCUUGGAGUGAGUAUAAUAACCCUAGCGCUGCCAUUAUAAUUGUGGUUCAGGCCGAAGAACGAAACAUGUAUGACCAGCAUUUUGUUUCUGCAAUUCUAAGAGAAAGAUAUCAUAUUACAACCAUACGGAAAACAUUGGCGGAAAUUAAUCAAGAAGGAGAAAUUCUGCCAGAUGGAACACUUUCUGUGGAUGGACAAGCAAUUGCAAUCGUUUACUUCCGAGCCGGCUAUACACCGGUUGACUAUCCUUCAGAAUCAGAAUGGAGCGCUAGGCUACUGAUAGAACAAUCUUCUGCUAUCAAAUGCCCUUCAAUAUCGUAUCAUUUGGUUGGCACAAAAAAGAUUCAACAGGAACUGGCAAAGCCCAAUGUUCUUGAGAGGUUCUUUGAAAACAAAGACGAUAUUGCGAAACUGCGUAAAUGCUUUGCAGGGCUAUGGAGUUUGGAGGACUUGGAUAUUGUUCAAAAAGCAAUUGAGAAGCCAGAGUUAUUUGUAAUGAAGCCUCAAAGAGAAGGAGGAGGAAACAAUAUCUAUGGUGAUGAUCUUAGGGAGACUCUUAUAAAAUUACAGAAAGCAGGUUCUCAAGAAGACGCCGCUUACAUACUUAUGCAGAGGAUAUUUCCUGCUAAUACAGAGGCAAUUUUGAUGCGUAACGGUAUCUUGCAUAAAGAUCGUGUCAUUUCAGAAUUUGGGAUAUUCAGUACUUAUUUAAGGAAUAAAGAUAAGGUUAUCAUAAAUAAUGAAAGUGGCUAUAUGGUGCGUACAAAACCAUCAUUAUCUGAUGAAGGUGGCGUUUUACCUGGUUUUGGAGUAAUAGAUAGUGUUUACCUCACUUGAUGAGUGAAGCCAACUCAUUGAAUUAUCAGGGUACUGCAAAACAUUACGUUGUUGGUUGAUGGUUUGCAUAUAUUAUAUCUCAAGUCUACUGUUUUUGCUUGUUUUCUCGACAAAAGAAGAAGAGGAAAAGGCCAUGUUGUUUCUUUUGCUUUUUCCCAUGACAUGGUCACAAUCUGUUGUUUCUACUCAGAGACAAGGAUCUGUUUGAUUCAAGCUAAUAAAAGAUUGAUGAAGUGUUGUAAUAUAUUCAUGAAGGAGGUUCAUGGUUUGGCUAACAAUUUAUCGCUUCCCCUAACUAAUUACUAACCAGAAACAUUUUGCAUGGGUUUGAA